UACCAACUCGCAGCCCGACUGCGAGACAUGUGGCUGGGACUUUCGGAAAGCAACACUCGCUGUUUAGUUCAAAACAAUUACCAGAUUGUGCGAUUGGUCAGCGUUCCGCAGCAGCAGUUUGCACGCUAAAAGCAGUUUACUGGGCGCAAACCAGCCGCAGGUGCGCUCAAACGUGGGGAUCACGACAUGAUUGGAGCUGGAACUGGUGGCCAGGGUCCGCCUGAUGGAGCAGACGGCGAGGAGGCGGAGAGGUGUCCAAUCUGCCUGGGCAUCCUGGCUGGAGGCGAACUCGCCAUGCCUGACAGCUGCUGCCACGUCUUCUGCCUUAGAUGCCUCCUCACGUGGGCAGAGCUGCAGAUGGCUCCUUCCUGCCCCGUGGAUAGAAGACCUUUCAAUAAUGUUUACAGAUGGGACAAGAUUCUCGGCUGUGUGCAGGUCCCUGUGAGGAAGCGACUGCCUCAAAGUGAUGCUGAGAGCUGCUGCUGUAGAAACCCUGAACAAAAAGCCUGUCUCAAAAGCAAGCCCACAAGAAGGUUGAGACGGCAAAAAGUGGAGAGGACAGCGGAUGCCAAAACAAAAGGACUUGUGAGGAAAUGUAACGAUGAGGAUCCCUCCUCACUGAGCAGAAAGAAGGUGAGAGGAAUAGAGUGCUGUACUUGGUCGCCACCUCCCUGUGUUUCAUCAGUCACGUCAGCACAGGAUGUUGCAGAUCCUGUGUGGCUGGCGGAAGAUAUACCGUAUGACACUGGAUUCCAGCAGUGCAAACCCCAGGUGCAGCACUGUCCCUGGCUCUCUCCCGCUGCUCCCAUCCCUGCUGACGGCACCUCAAGGCAGCGUUUCCAUGGAACCAGUUGGACCCACAACCCGUUUCCAUUUGGAUUUGUCUCGUCUCCAUUUACCUCCAGCUCACCAUUUAGCCCGAGCCAUUUUGUGUUUCAGGGUGUUGUUUGCGCCAUCACGUGUCCCAAAGGAGGAGAGAAGAGAGGCGGCCGAGCUUCAACCUCCAAAGCUCCCACCAAAGAGGCAGAAUCUCUACCAUCGAGACGAUCAGGACGCAACAGCAAAACCCAGGAAGAGACUCCUGCAUCUGACCCUGCAACGCCACCACAGUCCAGUUUGUCAGACUCCGACUCAUCUGCCAGCCAGUCCACAAAGCUGGCCAAGACUUCUCAGGUGCCGGCCAAGAGGAAGGGGAAACGAGUAACAAACCGAAAGGCCAGCGGCAAACGGAAAGCCACAGCAAGAAAAAAAAGCUCUCCAGAAGUUGUUGACAGCCCAGCAGCUAGCGAGGAGGAAGCGCAGGAGGAAACGCAGGAAGAAACACAGGAGGAAGCACAGGAGGAAACACAGGAGGAAGAGAGUGAUGGAAGCCAAAACAGGGAGAAUGAGGAGGAAGAAGAUAAAACCGAACAGGGGCUGGAUGGUGCUGAAGGUAGUCUCAGUGAUGAACAGGAUGGUUUCAAAUCCAGUGAUGAGCAAGAAGGUGUAGGACCUGUGAAAGAUGCGGGGCAGGAGAGUGAGGAGACUCAGGAACAAAUUGAUGAACGCAUUCAAGAAGAGAAAGCUGAUGAAGGUGAGAGUGAUGUCUCAUGUCCCUCAGGCUCAGCUGUUAGCAGCCCUGGCUCGUGCUCUGAAGAAGUCAAGAGCAACAAAGAGGCAGAAGAGCAGGCCAGUCCAGUGUCCUCUGGAGAAAAGCAUCCAGAGAAAAGGACUUCACCACCACCCCCUGAUUUCCAGAAUGUUCUGCUGGAAGACACAAUGUCUCCACAGUGUGACGAGCAGGAUGAUAAAAUGGACGAGCAGAAUGAUAAAAUGGACAUUUGUGCAGAGUCGGAAGAAGCAGACAAUGAAGAGUCUUCAAAGGAAGUGAAAGCUGAAUCAUGUGGGAGCUUAGCACAGCCUGGUUCUCCCUCUGCUGGAGAGUUGGAGAAAAAUGUAGCUGACCAAGAAGCAACAGCUUCAGAGGUCAUUGUGGCAGAAAUGCCGGCAUCAUUAGAGCCUUCAGGAGUUGACAGCUCUGUGGAAGGAUCCAAGGAUGACACAAGUGUUGUCCCCAUGGACUGCAGUUCACCCAUGAGUGAACAUGGGAACUGUCCUGUUUUGGAACUUCCAAAUGAGACUGCUUCCCCAGCUUCUGCAGAACCUCCUCCUACAACUUCUGAAACCCAUGUUGUCAAAGAGGAGCGCGCCAAGGACAAGCGGGAAAGGAGCCAAGAGAGGAAGAAUGGCAAGCAGCGGAGAUCUCGCUUCCACUCCCCGACCUCCACUUGGUCACCUAAGAGGGACUCCAAAAGAGAAACAUCCAGGCGCUCACGCUCACGGUCUAGAGAACGUGAUGGCAGCCCGCCCUCGAGGCGCUCUUCACGGACUCGCAGCAGAGAAAGAGACAGGGACCGGGAUGGAGAAAGAGAAUACUCUAGGAGAGAUCGUAGUCGCGAGAGAAGGAGGCGACGAUCCCGCUCUAGAUCCUGGUCCCGGUCACGGUCUAGAUCUCGAUCCAGAACGAGGUCCCACAGGCGAGGCCCCAGCCCUGAAUGGCCAGUGUCCAGAGAUCAGUCUCCUCAAAGGAAGGAGCGUAGAGGUGGCUGGAGAUCUGGGUCUGGUGGUGGGUCUGGCAGUGAGGGACGGCGAUAUCACGGAGGCGCUGGCCACUUUGAAAAUGGUGUGCCUACAGAAAGUUCGCCCGAUCGCCAAGGCAGUGCGGACAAUCCUGAUUGGGUUACAGAAAAGAUUCGGGGUGAAGCUGAUGGAAGGAGCCGGGACUUCGGGUACAGUGGUAGCUCACGCUGGGAAGAUCGCAGUGGUAACAGAGGAGAAUCACGAGGCCGUGGGGGCCGUGGAGGGUUUGAACGUGGCCGUGGAGGACGGGGGAGUGGGAGCCGUAGCUUCUAUAACCAACAAGAAGAAAUGUCUGACAACCGCUGGCAGCCCAGGAACAACUUCUCAGGUACAGGCAACAAUUCAGGGAAUGACGCAUACAGCCGCUUCAAUGAAAACCGAGGUGGCGGCCGCAGGAAAGAGUCUGAGCCAGGCGAGCCUAUGCUCGACCGGUCAGGCUGGUCCUCAGCAUCCAGCUGGGCUGUCAGGAGGACACUACCUGCAGAUGUUCAAGACUAUUACUCCAAAAGGGAGAGGGGACCUGGCAGCUGGAACCGGCAAGAGGAGGAGCAGCAGCCGCCACCAGCAGCAGCAGCAGCAGAUCCUCCAAAGAGCGAUCCUCCUCUCCAGGCAGUCCCGGGUAACGCUCCAGUCCCGCUGAUGAACGUGAUUCCUCCGCAGCUUAAUGUUCUUCAUCACUACCCCAUGCAGGGCCCACGAGGGGCCCUGCCGGUCAGCUUGCAACCUGCAGCACCCUAUGCCAUGCCUCCUCAGGUCCCCAUACACCUCCACCCUGCCGUGCCGCUGCUGCAGGUGCCCGCUGUGGGUGCUCAGGGCCUCCCACCUCCUCCUCCUCCGCCUCCACCAAUGCAGCAAGGCAGCCAGACGGCAGCGGUUCAGCCAGAUGGCCACGCCGCACAGAUGCCAAAUACCAUGGUGAGUUUUGUGAAACCAGCCCUGCUUCCAAACCCAACCAAAGCUGGGGUGGCAGCAGUGACGCAAGGCCAGCCGGCACCAAGCCAGGCGCUGCCAUCCUCUACAACUCAGCCUGGCCAGCAUAACAAGGCUCAGGCUGACAGCUCCAAAAAGGAAAAGAAACAACAGAUCCAAGAGAAAGCUAUAAAUGAAGUGAAGACAGCCAUCAAACCAUUUUACCAAAAGAAGGAAAUCACAAAGGAGGAGUACAAGGAGAUUGUCCGCAAAGCAGUAGAGAAGGUAUGUCACAGCAAGAGUGGGGAGGUGAACUCUGGUAAGGUGGCCAACCUGGUGAAGGCCUACGUGGACAAAUACAAGCAUGCCCGCAAGAAAUGAAAUGGCGCCCUGCUGCUGGGGUGGCGACGCCCUCAUAGACCCGUUGAGCUGCUCAAGUGCAAUUUCCUCUCCUUGGAAUUUGGCCUCCGAGCUGAAAGAUGACGGAGAGCCAGCUUUUUUUUCUUUUCUUUUUUGAUAUCUCUACCUUUUAUUGAAUGGUGAAGAUUUUUUUCUAUAGAUUUUCAUAUUUUGUUAGAAAAGAACAACCCAAUCAGAAAUUGUAAUGCAAGAGCCCUUUAUUUUGCAUAGAUCACAUGACUUGGGAACUACUGUAAAGAGCGCAGGGUAGUGUGGGGAAGAGGUGGAUGUGACGCAUGAUAUGAAGACGCAGCGCUCAGUGAACGACAUUUGGAGAUCCUCUUCCAGGAUGCCGGCUGGUACAGCAAAUUUCUUUAUUAGGGCAUCCUGGUCACUUAUGAACUGAAUAUCGUCAAUGUCCUUUUUUAAAUGUUAAAUAAUAUUUCAGAUGAGAUCCUAGUUUAUUGCCUUUAUCAGUCUGUGUGGCUCAGUGAUGGGCUGGAAUCUGAUGAGUGUGAUUGUAUUCAGGGCCCUGAUUGGACACAAAGUGAGAGAACCAAUCAGCAGUGAGUGUAUAAUGUGAGGUGCAGCUCCUGGAUUUGGUGGAAGGGGUAGUUUAGGCGACUCCGCCCCUUUGCCUGAAUGUGUAAUAAGUGUCUGAGUAUACAUGAACUGUGCAAGCUAUUCAGAGAGUAGUUAAAUAAAUUAGCUCCUCCAAA